CUCACACAUCCGCUCGCACAGAAGCCACCCAGAACCCUCACCUUUCCAACCGCACCACCAGAGGAAAAAGCAGCGACCAGUUCAUGCCAGGCCGACCACUCUCGCCGACUGCCGUGCUCCCGCCCAAGAAAUCGUUGCGCUUCACCUCGCCGGCCCCGCCGCCCACGCCCGCACCGCUACCAGCCAUGAUGGCCCCCCCGCAGCUCCUCGUGCGUCUCGACACGCCCACGGCACGCGCGCCCACGCGCGGCAGCGCCACGGCGGCCGGCUACGAUCUGUACGCAUCGGAGGACGUCGUCAUUGCCAAGGGGGCCCGCAAGAUUGUCGCGACGGGCCUCAAGCUCGCCAUCCCUAACGGCUGCUAUGGCCGAGUCGCGCCCCGCAGCGGCUUGGCUGUCAAGCACGGCAUCGACGUCGGUGCCGGCGUCAUUGACAGCGACUACCGGGGCCUGCUCGGCGUGCUGCUGUUCAACCUCGGCGACAACGACUUCCAGGUCAACCAGGGCGACCGCAUUGCCCAGCUCGUCCUCGAGCGCAUUGAGACGCCCGAGGUGUCUGUCGUCGAGAGCCUCGACGAGACGGAGCGGGGAGCAGGCGGCUUUGGCUCCACGGGGGGUUUCGGGUCCACCGUGACACCCUCAUCAACAGAAAAGGAGCAGUAGAGCAGCAGCUGCAGUAGCUGCAUUAUUUUGAGACCGAGACAGUGAUUUGAAUUACAAGGAAGCAUGGCAUUGUUAUCUUAGAAAACCA